AUGGAGCGCCUGCGGCGCCUCGCUGCUCACUUCCUGCCGGUUAAUCGGCCAAAGGCAACAGUUGCCGUGCUUGGCGCGGCGGGCGGCAUCGGCCAGCCCGUGGCCCUGCUGCUCAAGCUCAACCCCUUGAUAGGCGACCUGAGGCUGUACGACAUCGUCAACACACCAGGCGUGGGCGCUGACCUGUCACACAUAAACACGGGUGCAAAGGUGACAGCCUUCAUGGGGGAUGCCCAGCUGUGUGAUGCCCUUUCCGGGUGCGACCUGGUCAUCAUUCCUGCAGGCGUCCCAAGGAAGCCAGGCAUGACCAGGGAUGACCUCUUCAACAUCAAUGCAAAGAUUGUGAAGACCCUCAUCGAGGCUGUUGCAACGUAUUGCCCAAAUGCAUGGAUUGGAAUUAUCUCCAACCCUGUUAACAGCACAGUGCCAAUCGCGGCGGAGGUGCUUAAGCAGAAAGGGGUCUACGACCCGCUGAAGCUUUUCGGGGUCACGACACUCGAUGUUGUUCGCGCAGAGACCUUUGUUGCAGAGAUCUUGGGGGUAGACCCCAAAGACGUGACUGUACCAGUUAUUGGUGGGCACGCGGGAACGACCAUCCUUCCCUUGUUGUCCCAGGCCAUGCCAGCCCUCAGCUUGGACGAUGACAAAGCCAAGGCACUGAUGGAUAGGAUACAGAACGCUGGCACAGAAGUGGUCAAUGCAAAGGCAGGCGCUGGGUCAGCCACGCUGUCCAUGGCCUAUGCAGCCUCAGAGUUUGCCGACGCAUGCCUGAGGGCCCUCAAUGGUGACACAGGGGUUGUCCUGUGCACCUAUGUAGCGUCUAAUGUGACAGACCUCCCCUUCUUUGCCAGCCCGGUGAGGCUGGGCAAGGGCGGUGUGGAAGAGUUCCUGCCAAUCGGGGAAAUGAACAAGCUGGAGCAGGAAAACUUUGAGGAAAUGAAAGGGCAGUUGGCGAUCAACAUCAAGAAGGGCGUGGAUUUUGUGACUGGCGGAUGA